AUGGGUAAUAAACCAGCAGUACAAAAGACUCGUGCUACAUUGACCGGACAACAAAUAGAAAAUUUAAAACAACGGACAAGAAUGUCUGAAGAGGAAAUUAUUAAAUGGUUCGAUGGUUUUCAAAAAGAUUGUCCGGAUGGUCUGUUAACACAAAAGCAUUUUGUUCAAAUGUAUAAUCGUGCAUUUCCUGAGGGUGAUGCAACAAAAUUUGCGAAACGUAUUUUUGUCACCUUUGAUCGUGAUAAUUCUGGUAAAAUCGAUUUUGAUGAAUUUUUAUUGGCAAUGGACUUAAUGGAAAAGGGUAAUUUAGAUGAAAAAUUAAAAUAUGCGUUUCAAUUAUAUGAUUUUAAUAAAGAUGGUAUCUUAACACAUUCCGAGAUUGAAAAUAUUAUUAAGAUGGUGUUGUCAUUACGUGGUGAAGGUGGAAAUGAUCAAUUAAAACAAGAAGUUAUGCAGCAUUUAGAUUCAUUUAUAUCACGAUUUGAUGAAAAUAAAGAUAUGGUUAUUAGUCAAGAGGAAUUUUGUAAUAUAUGUUCAAAAGAUAAAUAUUUAAGAGAAUUUUUAUCACCAACAUUUUCAACGUGA